CCUGACUUUGCACUCAGCGCUAUUGGUUCAAUUGCUGGAAGACUUUCUCACGUACUCUUAUCGACCACUACACUGCGCCUACAAUGUCUGAUCCACAAGUCUGGCUCAUUACUGGUGCCUCGACUGGUUUUGGAGCCGCCCUCGUCAAAAGCUUGCUCGUACGCGGCGAAAAGGUUAUUGCAACUGCGCGUACACUCUCCAAGAUCGAACACCUGGGAAAGCUAGGCGCGGCCACUCUACAGCUUGACGUGACCGCAUCAACCGCUGAGCUUGAGAAGAUCGCUAGAGAGGCUAUCGCAGUUUACGGCAGGAUUGAUGUGCUAGUUAACAAUGCUGGUUAUGGGCAUUUUGGUACCUUUGAAGAGGCUACGCAUCAAGACUGGCUUGCGCAAUUUAACACCAACGUUUUUGGUGCGGUCAAUGUCACACGUUCUUUCUUGCCGCACUUCCGCAGUAACAAAUCAGGGACUGUGGUCUUUAACGGCUCUGCUACCGCUAUAAAUGGGUUUGGAAUACUAAGCCUGUACUCUGCUUCCAAAUUUGCUUUGACUGGUGUUGCGGAAUCUCUUGCUCAAGAAGUUGCCCCAUUCGGCAUCCGUACACUUAUUGUCCAACCAGGUCUCUUCCGAACAGACUUCCUUACUGAAACAAACACCACAUACAGCGGCACGAAGAUCGACGGUUACCAGACACAGGUUGACGAAGCAUUCAAGCUGUACAAGGGCGUCAGUGGACAGCAGCCUGGCGAUCCCAUUAAGGGCGCAAACCGUAUCAUAGAUAUGGUUAAAGGAGAAGGCCUUGCAAAGGGCAAGGACCUUCCAACUACGCUGAUGCUAGGUGAGGAUUCUUGGGGUAUGGCGAAGAAGAAGGCUGAAGACCAACUAAAGCUUCUUAGCCAGUGGGAGGAGGCAAGUUGUAAUCUAAGCUUUGAAUAGAGAGACUUGUAAUAAGUAACCCAAGCCGAUUAGUUAUCUGCCCCUAGACUUUGUACAAUGUUUUUGUGCGAUAGUAAUACA